GACGUAUACACACACGCGUUGGCGUGGGCAGAGCCGCUCCCAAACUGCAACAGAGAGACCGAUUCUGAAAACCAAGGCCGAUGCGUACGCAUCAUAUGGCAUGAACGUUACGUGAGAGUUCACACUACGAGAAACUAGAGGGAACUCAAGCACAGAGUACUGUCUUUAACAAGAACUUGUUCUAAGACCAGAGACUUGGGAGGCACACGCCAUGCUUUCCGCGUUCGUCGCAGUCCUCGCCCUCGUAGCGACGCUGCUGUUCUGGUGGCUGCGAAGAGCAUUCACCUUUUGGAAUGACAAAGGAAUAACGCACCUUACAUUCCGCCAGUACAUGCGGUUCCUCUACGACCUGUACACAAAGCCCGUGAACAAGGUGAUCAUCCAAGCCUAUAAUCAAUACGGUCGCGUGUACGGUUCCUACCAAGGCCUGGCGCCUACCCUUGUGGUUGGAGAUCCAGACAUCUUGCGAGAGGUCAUGGUCACUAAAUUCAAGAACUUCUCAGACAGAUCGUUAUCUCAGUCCUUGGGGACUGAAGUUUGGAAGAAGUCCAUCAUGAACCUGUCCGGUGAGGAAUGGAAGAAAGCAAGAACAAUCUUUACGCCGGCGCUCACUGCAACGAGACUUAAGACGAUCUUGGCGAAAGUAAAAACUGUUGCUGGAAAGAUGACGUCACGAGUCAAGGAAGCGGCGGCUAAGGAUGAGCUCGUGAAUUUCAGCGGGCUCGCCACCAACACGGCACUCGACAUCACAGCUGCUUUGAACUACAGUAUCGAUAUCGACAGCGAGAAUGACACGAGCCACCCCAUCAUAAAAUCUCUUGAAUCUAUUUAUAUGAGCACAGGCGGCUGGAGAGUCGUGAUGCUGUUUCUGAUGCCUACCCUGUGCAAGAUCGUGAAACCUGACUAUCCCCCGAAGUCAUCCACCGAUUUAUUCAAGGCGUUCGUUUCACUCUUGAUGGAAGAACGGAAGUCAAAGAACCAGGAACAAGACGACUUCCUUCAAAUUUUCAUGAACGCUGAUUACAACUGGGAAGACAAUGAGCAGAGAAAACCGGAAAAUGCUCAAGUGAGAAAAAUGACACUCGAUGAGAUAACUGCCCAAUUGCUGGUGUUUUUCGUGGCUGGCGUUGAGACGGUAUCCACAGCCCUCAGCACUACCGCGUACCACCUGGCCCUCAAUCCCGAAUGCCAAGACAGGGUCAUUGCUGAAGUGGACAAGGCAUCAUCGGAGGGGGAAAUGACGUACGAUUCCCUGCAGGAGAUGCCUUACCUCGAAGCCUGCUUUAAGGAGGCGAUGAGGCUUUGCACUCCCGACUCGAUAAUCAUGCGCCUCUGCACGGAAGAAACCACAGUGGCUGGUAUCCAAUUCAAACCAGGGAUGUCCGUCGACAUUCCGUUGGCAGGAAUCCACCACGAUCCGGAGAAUUUCCCUGAGCCGGAGAAGUUCAAUCCAGAGAGGUUCAUGCCGGAGAACAAGGACUCCAUAAAGCCAUUCACUUACAUGCCUUUCGGUGCCGGACCGCGCAAUUGCGUCGGCAUGCGCCUCGGCAUGGUUCAAGCAAAGACAACUCUCGCCUGCCUGCUCCAGCACGUCAGGUUAGAAACGGGCCCCGAAACAAUGAUUCCACUGAAGCUGAAGCCUGGACAGAUACUACCAUUCUUCGAUGGGCCAUUGUUCUUACGGCCAGUGCCCCGUCAGAAAUCAUCAAGCGGUGUUUCCUAAUGGACUGGGAUGAGUUUCAUAUAAGUAGCGCGAUUUGCGCACAAAAAAAAAAGGACUUGUUGCUGGACAACCUGGUCCUUUUGCAACUGAUCAUUUCGAACGCCGUGAAAAACCACCAGCAUACACAAAACGUGAAACACAGAAGCGCCACUACCAAGUGUAUAAUGAAACAAGGCUCUCAGAAGAAUGAAUAAGAUUGCUCGACAUUUAAGGCAUCGUUACCCGCUUUUCUUUUGUUUGCUGCGUUCGCAGCUGGUAAGAAAAAUCAUGAAAUA